CGCCAUGUGGUCGUCGUGUAGUAUACUCGCAGCAGCAGCUCUGCUGGCUGAUCAAGCAGCCGCUCAAGUAUCAGCAAAUGCCCGCGCGACAUACUACGCACCUGGCAUUCCCACAGAUGCACCAGUCCCGGGCAGCUACAAUGACUACUUGCGGCCCAGAGUACACUUCACUCCGCCGCGAUACUUCAUGAAUGACCCCAAUGGCCUGCACCGAGGCGCAGAUGCAUUAUGGCAUAUGUACUAUCAGUACAAUCCUUUGACACCCGUCGCGGGCAAUCAGCACUGGGGCCACGCGACCUCCGAGGACCUCUAUACGUGGGAGAACCAAAAGAUCGCGCUCUGGCCGCCAAACAACUACACGUACGUCUUCUCCGGCAGCGCGGUGCUUGACCCAAACAAUACCUCCGGCUUCUUCCCACACCAGGACAAUGGAGUGGUCGCCAUCUACACGCUCGCCGAGUAUCCCGGGGGCGUGCAGGGUGUACAGUACCAAGCCAUUGCCUACAGCCGAGACGAUGGCUACACUUUCGAAGCAUAUGAGGCCAACCCAGUCCUGGACAUCAACAGUACCCAGUUCCGCGAUCCGUACGUCAUCUGGCACGAGCCCUCCGCCCAGUGGGUCAUGACCGUUGCGUAUGCUGCAGAGUUUGUCAUUGCCAUCUUCACGUCUCCAGAUCUCAAGCAAUGGACUCACGCCUCCAAUUUCACCAAACAUGGCCACCUCGGCGUGCAGUAUGAAUGUCCGAAUCUUCUGCAGAUGCCCAUGCGUGGCCAAGAAGAGCCAAUCUGGCUCCUGCUCAUCAGCAUGAACCCAGGAGGACCUCGUGGCGGUAGCGUCUCGCAGUACUUCCCCGGCCACUUCAACGGCACCCAUUUCGAGCCAUUCGACGAUGCUGCCCGAUUCACAGACUUCGGCAAAGACAACUACGCAGCCCAAUUCUUCCAUGGUGUCCCAGCCAAUGAGCCGCAGAUUGCGCUUGGCUGGGCUUCAAACUGGGAAUAUACCCAGCUCGUGCCCACAGGCUUGCUAGAGCACGGCCAAUUCCGUUCCGCCAUGACAGUCCCACGAGCCCACACAAUCGCCAACAUUUCGGCUCGUGGCUACGACCUCAUCUCCGAAAUCCACAACAUCUCCGCUGUCGUCGACUCGGAGCUAGCAUACAACUCAUCUCUCGGCAACGGCACAAUCAUGACCUACUUCGGCCACGUAGACUCAGGGGCCAUCUACUUCGAAACCAACAUCACGAACCUCACCUCAUCCACUCGCCAAGGAACAGCAAAUUUCACAAUCUCCUCUUCCCUCUCUGGCGAAUACAUCCAAGGCGGAAUAAAAGUCGCCGGAGAACCUGGAAUCUGGAUCGAUCGAGGCCAUAUCCGUGGCUUCGACAACCCGUACUUUUCCGACAAGUUCUCCGAGGAAGGCACUUUUGUCCCGGCUACCGCAUCUUGGGACAUGAGUGUUGUCGUUGAUCGGUCCAUUAUUGAGAUCUUCUUGAAUGGCGCCCAAGCUGCCGGCACCUUGACAUUCUUCCCAACCGCACCGCUUGACACCUUGGCGAUAUAUGUCGGCGGCAUCGAUGAGACGGCCAGUAGCUCCGUCGCUGUCUGGGCUUUGAGGGAUACUUGGGCGGGCCAAGCGAAUGCCAAUGGGACUGUGGUGGGUAACGUUACGCAACUUGACGUGAGACAAGUGCGCUUGACCACGCUAAACGCGGACCGUAUCUAA